GAAAAGUGAACCACUCUGACAUAGAAACAAAAAGUCCUACUUAAGCGCUGAUUUAGACAGGCUUCCCCGAAAGAGAGUGGAUGCGUGUUCAAACACCUCGAUUCCCUGAAACUCCCGCCGCGACUUCUUUACCCCACGGGGCUAUAAAUACGGUCCGAUCCCGAAACCGCUUCAGUUGUUCAGGAGAUUUGAAACAGUGAACAAGUGCCAAAUUUUCUUUCUCACCAGUGACAACGUGAUCGGCCUUGCGUUACCCAUAACAUUACCCAAUCUGAAAUUUCGUAAUUUGGCGGGAUAUCAGAAUUUGUGUGUGGAAUUCUCGUGAGACGCAAACAUGUUGGACAAAACUGUCUUCGGUGGUAGUUGGGAGAGCGUGGUAUCACGCGAUGACUACGAAAUAGAAUACAGUCCGAGUCCCAGAGGUUCACCCUUAAAGGACACCUCAAACAUUCAAGAAGAAGAAACUUAUUGCAUCAGCAGACAUAAUCCGAAUAAGACUUUCAGAAGAGAAUCUGUCAUCGCAUCUUGGAAGAGUUUGAAGAAGGAAAGAGAACAAGCCUUAGGGAAACGUAUCAUCUACGUAGACCCUGAUAAUUACCAAGAUUACUAUGGCAGAAACAAAGUCAAACGCUGCAAGAGUGAUAGAACUGCAAAUGUGUCCAAAAUUCCAAAAAAGGUCAAAAGGACCUAUUCAGUGCUAUACCGGUAUGAUCCUAACGAAGAAAAGGUGGUCAAGGAAUAUAAAUACCAGUUGCCAAAAGAACAGGAGCCAGAAACGCCUGCACCAAUGCAGAAGUCCCACUCUGAACCGUUUUUGAGAGAAAAAGUUCCAAAGAAGAAAGUAAAAAGGUCUAUCACGACACUUUUAAAUAUUAAGACGAAGUUUUUAAAUAUAUUUUCGUCUAAGAGUUAAAUUGUUUUAACAAGAUAUAGUUGGAUUUUUGCUCAAUUGAUUGCAUUUUUUAUUCGAAAUGUAGUUACGCAUUAUUUUCGCGAUAAUUGCAAUCCAUAAUGCUCUUCUUAAAAUCUUAAUUAUAAAAUUAGUACCCAUAAAUUAUUCUGGCAUAUCGUUUGUAUUAACGGACAAGGCCAGCUCGUAAGGCUUUGGAAAUCAAAAUGUUAUUUUAAACAAAGUAAAUUUUCAACAAAUUAGUAAUAACGUUAUUGGUUCUUAUUAAACUUUACCUAUCGGAACUUGUGUUCUUAUUAACAAAUGCAGUUAUAAGAAAAAAAAAUGCCGAAAAAUUCGUACCAAAAUGUAUUCACUAAAUAUUUAAGUAUUAGAAUGUACACUUUGUGAUAAUUUAUGUGUGUUGUGAUAGGUUAUUAAUUAAAUCAAUUGGGUUUCUUAAUUGUAUAGAUUUUGAUACAAUUUUUGACAACCAUACAUUGGCUUAAAUUACCGAUAAUAAUUAAUUUGUAUUUUCUUUUAAAUAUAAGUUCGAUUAUUCAUUGGUAUUCCAUUCCUUCUUUAUUUAAAUAGGUGGUAAUAUAUAUGUUAGUAAUAUUAUUAAAUAAAU